UGAAAGGUAUCGGAGAGAGAGGCUCAACCAACAACAAGUUGUGACAAAUCCUUUUUUUAAAUCAAGGACAGGGAGUUUCUCACACAAAACUCAGGUUGGGCGGUGAGAACCAUGCAAGUGUUUCACUGAAUGGACCGAACGGAAGAAUCGAUUUGAGUGGAAGUUUAUUUUUCUUCUUCUUUCAGUUGAGCCUGGCAUACCUCAUCCUCUCGUGUCUAACGUGUUUAAAGGAUUGGAAAUGCCUGGGAACGAGAGAGUUUCUCGUCUCUUGAAAGAGAUCAUUCAAAAGCCAGGGAACGACGCGUGCGCAGACUGUGGUGCGCCUGAUCCUAGUUGGGGCUCCUGUUCCUUAGGGGUGUUCAUCUGUGUUCAAUGUUCCGGGAUCCACAGGAAUAUUCCCGACAUCGGAAUGAAGGUCAAAUCCCUCAGCCUCUCCCGCUGGGAAGACCAGGAAGUGAAGUUCAUGGAGGAGAAAGGGAACGAAUUGAUGAAGCAGAAAUAUGAGGCGUUUGUUCCUGUCUACUACUACAAACCCACCCACAAAGACUGCCAGGUCCUGAGGGAGCAGUGGAUCAGAGCGAAAUACGAGAGGAAAGAGUUUACAGGGGAAGGGAAGAAACAGACCUAUGAGGAGGGAACGAGGGAUGGAAUGUUGAUGAAAAGGGGGCGGGACAACGGUCAGUUCCUCAACCGACGAUUCGUUCUCUCGGAAAGAGAGGGGACACUGAAAUACUUCACCAAGUAUGAUGCCAAGGAGCCUAAAGCGGUGAUCAAGGUGGACUCUAUCAACGCAGCCUUCCAGCCAGAGAAGAUAGGUAACCCCAACGGACUACAGAUCACCUACCUGAAAGACUACAACACCAGAAACAUCUUCCUCUACCACGACAACGGCAAGGAUAUAGUAGACUGGUUCAACUCUAUAAGGGCCAUCCAGCUCCACUAUCUAAAGGUGGCCUUCCCAGGGGCUAAUGAUGCGGAGCUGAUGCCCAAAUUGACCCGCAACUUUCUGAAGGAGGGCUAUAUGGAGAAAACAGGACCCAGGCAUACAGAAGGGUUUAAGAAGCGUUGGUUCACCCUGGACCGCAGACGUCUCAUGUACUACAAAGAUCCCCUGGAUGCCUUUGCCAAGGGUGAGGCAUUCCUAGGGCACCAGGACCAUGGUUACAGAGCUAGUCCCGGCCUCCCAGCUGGAACCCACUGCAAUGGCGCCUGGCAACACGGCAUCACCAUAGUAACACCCGAGCGCAGCUUCCUGUUUACCUGCGAGACGGAAGUUGAGCAACAGGAUUGGCUGAAACACUUCAAUGAUGUCAUCAGCAUCCAGAUGUCCCCUCAGGAGUACUCCAUGGAGGCGAUGUUCAGACACAAGCAUUGAUGGACCCUUCCUCCUCCCAUCCUCCUCUCCUCUACCCGUCUUCUGUUCCUCCUCCCAUCCUCCUCCUCUACCUGUC